CUGGCAACCCUGACCAAACUGCGACAGCGCCAAUGGCAGCAUUCUCAGUAGUGUUAACAUUAGUGUGUAUCGCUGUGGACGGGGAGGAUGACAGCAACAAGGAUUAAGUAGUGGCUUUGAUUUUGCCUGCUCACACAGAGAACACUUUUUUACUUUGGCCCUACACAAGAAGCUUGUAGUGCUAAAGUCCAGCGUUGAAUAUGAUUCCUGGGAUGGGUUGGAGGUGAGGAAGCAUGUGGUGGAAAUCUCGGGUGAUGAGGCGAACGUGAUGACAGCAUGGUCCAUGGUGGAGAAGCUCAAAAUGGAAAAAAGCCCAUGCAGGGAGGAGAAUAUUGACUCAAGAGAGGCCCAGCAUGCCAGUGGUGAGUCGGAGGAUGGGAGCAGCUCCGAAAGCGAGUCGGAAGAGCAGCAGCGCCAAAAGUUGCAGGUGAGCAACAGCAGCUGUAAGAAGAGGGAGCCAUUGGUCCCCACAAAACCUCAUCGACAGCUUUGUCGCUCUCCAUGCCUCGACCGGCCCAGCUUUUCUCAGAGUAGCAUGGUGCAAGAGUUUCGUGUUGAUGAGGCCAAUGCUGGACCAGGGAUUAAGCACACGAGUGACAGGGAGUACCAAACAAAGAUGGAAUUUGCCUUGAAGUUGGGCUACUCAGGAGAGCAGGUGGAGACAGUGCUCAACAAGUUGGGGGCUGCUGCUCUUAUUAAUGAUGUUCUUGCUGAGUUGGUAAGGCUUGGUAACAAGACAGAGCCUGAAAGUCAAACUAGCACCAGUACAACUGCACCGGUAUCUCGAGCGCCCUGUGUUAAAGAGGCUGUGAGUCCAGAGGUGUCACUAGAAGAUGAAUCUGUGGACACGUUUGACAACCUCAGACCCAUCGUCAUUGAUGGCUCAAAUGUUGCAAUGAGCCAUGGAAAUAAAGAGACGUUCUCUUGCCGUGGUAUCCAGUUGGCUGUUGAAUGGUUCCGGGAGAAAGGACACAAAGACAUCACUGUGUUUGUCCCAGCCUGGAGAAAGGAGCAGUCAAGGCCUGAUGCCCUCAUCACAGAUCAAGAAAUUUUACGCAAGCUGGAAAAAGAGAAGAUACUGGUGUUCACCCCAUCUCGGAGAGUUCAAGGCAGGAGAGUGGUGUGCUAUGAUGAUCGCUUCAUAGUGAAGCUGGCUUGUGAUUCUGAUGGAAUUAUUGUGUCAAAUGACAACUACAGGGACUUGCAAAAUGAGAAGCCAGAGUGGAAGAAAUUCAUAGAAGAGCGUCUCCUUAUGUACUCAUUUGUCAACGACAAAUUCAUGCCGCCUGAUGAUCCUUUAGGAAGACAUGGUCCAAGCUUAGAAAACUUCCUCCGCAAGCGUCCUGUUGUUCCAGAGCACAAAAAACAACCUUGCCCAUAUGGGAAAAAGUGUACAUAUGGACAUAAGUGUAAGUACUAUCAUCCAGAGCGUGUCAACCAGCCACAGCGGUCAGUGGCUGAUGAACUGCGAGCCUUUGCCAAGUUGUCUGCAGUGAAGACAAUGAGUGAGGGGGCUUUGGCCAAGUGCGGUACCGGUCCAGCAACUGUAAAGGGAGAUAGUGGCUCUGAGGCCAAACGCGUGGCACCCAAACGUCAAUCUGACCCCAGUAUUCGCUCAGUGGUCUGUGAACCAGAAGAGGCACUAUCUGUUAUCAGGAAGCCUGAGACAAAUUCCGUGCCUUCCCUCGUUUCUGCUCUCAGUGUGCCCACCAUGCAGCCUGCCAAGAGCCAUGCAGCUGGUGCCUUGAACACAAGAUCAGCCAGCAGCCCAGUGCCAGGCUCAAUGCAGUUCGCACACAAUUCUUUGGAGCACAUGUCUAGUGUACAGUACCCACCCAUUUUAGUUACCAAUAGUCAUGGCGCUUCUGUCACAUACAGUGAACAGUUCCCAAAGUAUGAUUCAGUGAGUGACCAUGGAUAUUACUCGAUGCAUAGUGAUUUUUCAAAUAUGAGCAUGAGCAGCAUGCAUAAUGUCGACAGUUUCUGUAGCAUGGAGCACGAGCAUGGUGUGUAUCAGAGAAAUCCCAGCCAUUGUGCUGAAUCCUGCCUCAGCCAUUCAAACAGUGACUCAUUCUCUUCUUAUGACUUGUACCCAAGUUCUGUGGACAGCAGCUUAGAGGAGAGCAUGAAGGGGCAGCAGCAGUCACCUGCUCAGGCUAGGAUCCAAGCUUUCUCUCAUGGGUUUCAUCAUGAGACACUGACCAGGGUUCAGAGUUAUGGACCUGAGGAGCCCAAGCAGGGCCCCCGUAAGCAGUCUACAUCUCAUCUAGCACCACAUAUCCAGCACGCUGCAGUGGGAGCAAGGUCCAGCUGCCCUGGGGACUAUCCCCUUACGCAGAAUGUCCUCCCACCUCUGUCCUCACAGCCCACACGCUCUCUUGGCAUGACACGCAUGGAUAGCAUAUCAGAUUCAAGGCUAUAUGAUAGCAACCCGAUGAGACAGAGGCGACCUCCAUUGUGCCGCGAGCAGCACGCAAGCUGGGACCCUCUGCCUUGUGGUAAUGAAUCCUAUGGAUAUCAUUCGUACCUUCUGAGUAACAGCUUGAUGCCAUGUUGUGAGCGGGUGAUGGUGCGCAGCAUGCCCGACAAAAUGGAACAAAUUUGGAACUCGCCAUGGGAGACCCAGUCUGCAUCUGAACAUCAAGAGCGGUAUGUCAUCCCAGACCACCAGUAUCAAACAUAUCGGAACCUUUGCAACAUCUUCCCUGCUUACAUUGUCCACUCAGUCAUGGAGAAGAACCCUCAUUUGACUGAUCCACAGCAACUUGCCGCUGUCAUUGUCACGAAGCUGAGGUCUUGCCAUUGAGUGAUUAAUCUUGUUUAAAAUUUUAAGAUUAAUGUGUAGGAUUCAGCAUGUAAGGCAUAGUAUUAUCUUAGACAGGAAUGUGAUGUCACUGUAAUUGUGACAGCUUAAGCCAGAGAUGCUGACAUAAGGACUUAGAUGGCAACUAUAGGCACUUGUUUGAUGUUGCUACAUGUGCAACAAAUGCCCUCAGGAGUUCAUCUUUUUUGAAAUGUCUCUGAUUAAUGAAAUCUAGCUUUCUUGAUUUUACAUCACUUGGUUGAUACAGAAGUAAUCUGUCCUAAGUAAAUUCAAGUCGAAACCCAAGACAUUUCACAUAAAAGCUAAGUUUUCAUAUUCAAUGUGGUGCAUUUGAUAUGAGGUUAGACCUUAUUUGAAAUAUGGUUAAUAACACAUUCAUAAUGCCUGAGCAGGAGCUGCAUAGCAGCUUUGUGCGAUAUUCGUGAGCACUGAUCAGACUUUUAUGCAAGUUUUCUUAAGGUAUUUAACAUCCAUGUCAUUUUUAGCAAAUUUGUGGAAUGGCCUGCUAAUACUAAGCAGGACAGGUAAACAUCCUUUUAAUCAGUUCCAACUUUGCUACUGCCAGUUUGAUAGAUUUUAUUUUACGUAAGAUUGUGAAGGCUGGGUAGUUGGUUUAGCUAACUAACACAUCUAGCUAGUGUGAUGCUGAACCUAGAUCUUUACAUGAAUCUGUCCAAGCUAAGUGGAAUAGUAAACAGGUCAGUGACAUAGCAGGACAGUUCAGCUUGCUCAUGUUUACCCAGCAACAUUUCCUAUAUUUGCCUUACGGAAGCUGACAUAUAAGUCAGGUCAGCAUUCAUGAGUGCACCAUGUAGCUUUUAUGAAGAUCUUGCUCAGGUACUGUGACUGUGUUUUUACAUGCAUCUUAAAUGUUUCUGAUACAGUUUAAAUAUAGAUAACUUUGCUUAGGUCUGCCUCUGCUGUAAAUAAUACUUGUAAUUUUUUUUGUGCAGAUUUUUUUUCUUUUUUAAAAGAUAAGUCAGAGGGAGGUAAGUACAUACCUCACAGCAUGAACUUUGACAUUUAAUGGCCUUAUAUCUGAAUGACCUCACGCUUUAGUCAUUGUCUAAUCGGUUUCAGUGAAAAUCUUUUGUCAUUGAAGCCUCCUCCUUUGAAAUGUAAAGCACUAUCUCAUUAUCUAAAGAGAUAUAUUUUCUCAGUCUCACUUAACAAAGCUACUAUUUUGGUAGAAUUUGAAAGUGCACCCAGCAAGCCAAAAAAGAGAGAUUUGACUUGUACACGUGUGCACAUAUUUAUGUACAUAUAAUCACACAAAAAGCCAUCAUUUCAAAUACAUUUAUAAGCUGCUAAAUAAUGCCAAAAAAGAGAAUUUAUCUAGUGUCAAUAUUCUACUGAACACUUUGAUUUAUAGAAUAGAUUGGAUUAUAGUUAAACUAAUAUAAGUGUUUGGAUAAUUUUCUAUGGAGUACUGUAUAGUUACCUUUCUGCUGAUUUUAUUGGUUACUGCGUUCAGGAUUUUCAUGUUUAUGUCUCUGUCAAAUUUGUGGUGGUGAUGCUUUUCAGUGCUAAAAUAUAUUAAUACGGUUAUCUUUGUUUCAAACAGUGGCUCUCAUGAGCUGCUUCAUGUUGUCAGUGGGGCAGUUUGGUCUCAGGAGUUUUCAGGUUCAUUUUGUUGCAGAAUUGUCUUAAAAUUGAUUUCAGUGGAUUCAAGUGAAUUCAGAAGUAGCAGAAAGUAGAUAUCUACUGGUGGAAACAGCAAGGAUGGUUAACAUCACAGUUUGAUUAUUUGCACAAGGAUUUCUGUACUAGGCAAAACAUUCAGUUGGACUUCAGCAUCUUGGAUAAAUGUGGAUAAAAAUGUGGCCAAACAAGUAGGCCUAUGGAUCAGCUGAAUUGAAAAUUAAGUGAAAUCUAAAAGACAGAUGAAGAUCUUUAGCUAUGGCUGUUAACAGCAAACUGAAAUGGUCAAAUGGAGAGCCAAAUGUAUGCAUACAUGCAGUCAGUCCCCAGUCAGAGAGGGGUUUGGCUGUGCUUUGCAGCACAUGGCUUUCAGGAUGCUGUCAGAUUUCUAACUUUGUUUUUUUCGAGUCCAAAGCUAACAGUUACUGUUGAGAGCCAACUCUGAUUUAGCAGUGAUAUAUUUUGUGAAAAUCCUUUAUGUAGUACCUUUUAAAAUUAGUUAUAUAUAAUUGUAACGUGGACAUGGCAUUGGAAAAUGUUUUUUGUGUAUAUCCUUGUUAAGCACCUUGAGAUCUAGGACUUAAAGCUAUUAGGGUGGCUUUACUUGAUGCAGCUUUUAUGUAACUUAAGUUGGAUUUAGUAAUGUUGGGUCCAAAGGAUGCAAAGUUUGGGUUGUCUUAAAAAAAAAAAUUGAAAUGGCUACCGUGAUUGGUUGUUGUGCCUCAGAUCUAUAUAGUAAAUAAUGGUACCCAUGUAGGCUAAAACAAACUAUAAUGUCUGUGGAGGUUUUCAGUCAUUCAGUUUUUGGCUAUCCUCGUAUGAGCUGAAUCGAGGGCAACUGGAUUUUUGUGGAAUCUCAAAGAUGUUUCACUUCUCAUCCAAGAGGCUCUUUCAGUUCUUCAGUUCAUGAGUAAAACAUCUUCGAGAACCUACAAGCAAGUCCAGUUGCCCUCGAUUAACUCUGUGUGGAUAGCUAUACUUGCUUAGGUGCUGAUGUCACUUGGUAAGGAGCCAGUUAACGAUGCAAUGUUUAUUUGGUUUGCCAGUAUUUUCACAAGUUCAGAUUAUCUGGCAAGUGUUGAGCCAGGGAUGUGGAUCGGCCAUGUUUAUUUUUAGUAAAAAAAAAAAAAAUUAGUUGGUUGUGGUAGUGCCUUCAUGCAGUUCCCAUGGGGAAGAAAAGAAGUUCCCGUGUUGCCAAGACCAGCAGGUUCCCCACCUCACAGUGUUACAUGAAGAUCCGACAAAAGUGCUCUGAAUUUUGCAGCAGACUGUGCCUGCCAUGGUAUGAUGUUGCAAACCUUGCCUCAGAGACAGUCAAAGUUGGAAGAUUUUUAAUUAACAUUAUUUGAUUCUUUUAAGGAAGCCAAAACAAUAACUUUGAGUGUUAUACUAAAAUAUUGAUGUUGAGGUCAAACUACAAAUUUGAUGUGAUUGCCAACUAUGGUGGAUUAUGUCUGUGAAUGGUUAGAUGGAUACAAUGUAACUUUUGGGGAAAAUUGAUUUCAAGGCAUUUUUUGUUGCUUCUGCAUUUUGAAGGCAACUUACUGUUAAACCUAUUAUUCGCCUAUGUAUGCCUAUAUGAGUUGCCAGUGAAUGGCACAGAGAAACUCCUUAGUAAUCGUGAGCAAGUGAUGAAGAUAUUCCAUCAAAACUUUACACUUUUCUUAAAUUAGUCAACACCCAUGCAUCCUCUAAAAUAAAGUAUUCACCCUAGCCAUGGUGUAAAUAAAAGGUACACCUCCAGCCAACCAGAAUUAAGUCUUUUCUCAGCCCUUGCUAUGAUCAAAAAUAGCUUGUGCAGCCACCUCAGGAUUAUCACUUGCAGAUUAAUUAUUAGUAUUACAAGUAUUAUAAGUAUUACAAUUACAGUUAGUGCAGUUGCUAUUUGCAGUCCAGCUGUUUUUACCCCUGCUGACUAGUUAAGGAGAUAGCUCUGUAUUUAUUGAUCGUUAAGGCCUGUAUACAUAUAAAUACAUUGUUUGUAUCUUUGCAUGAAAAUUGCUACAUGCAACUUGUAAUCUACAAUUGCAUGGAAGUAGCACUAUGUAAAGCCAGCCUUAAUAGCAAGAUCACAUUUUCAGUCCUUCUAAAGGGAAAUACCACUGAAUAUCAGGAUUCAAGUAUGCUACUCCUAGGCGUAUCACAGUUGAAUUUCAUGAACUGAACAAAUUUGUCUCACAUUUGACUAAAUGAGAAAAAUUGGUUCCCUAACACUGGUGAUCAUUGAGACUAUGAGAGCAAAGAUCAAUAAAGGGGCUCAGAAACGGACAUUACUAAGGAACAUAUUCUACAACUUACCAAGUUAAAUAUUCUCCAAAUUUUAGUGUAAUAAUAUAUAAUGUAUAACAUAUCUCAGAAUAAAAGGAUUUGGUUGUAAUAGCGACAAAUUUAGGCUCUCAUUUAGUGGAGCAGCAUUUGGUUGUACAUCUUGAUGGCACUGACCUGAGUCUUUGCUCUCUGCUUUGGGGGACAGUUCAACAUAAAUACAAUUGCCUGAAGGAAAUUACUUGAGAAUUUUUAAACCGAGUGGUAUUACUCUUUAACAUGGCUUAUUUGUAAGCCUGUCUUGAUCUCAUUAGUGGUGCUGCAUACAUGUAUGUUUCCUUAUUAAUGUUGAGUUACAACCAUGGUAAAUGAACAGACAUAAAGAAAAAAAAAAACAUUUGAAUGUGUUUUGCCCAAAUGAGUUUUGGGCUUUGCUCACUUUGUUUUUUCAUGAAAUAAGACAAGGCCACUUUGGGCUUCUUGUCGCUUCAUGAGAAGGUGAAACAAACUGCCUAAAUGUUUCUUCCUGUGAAACAAUCAGAUUGCAAGGCUGCUGUCAAGGUUGUUUCUGGCAUUUGGCUUAAAGUUUGCGUGCCGUCCUUUUAACACUGCUUUCCCUUUUGAGAUUGUUUGAUUGUCAAAGAUUGCAAGAAAAGUGCUUCAAAUGCAAAGGAACAGUGAAGUCGCUGAAAAAAAAAACCUAUAAAAAUUAAACAAAAUUUGCAUAAUUUGAAAUGUUUGCUCUUUGAGAAACCAAAUUAGGGUAACAUAUUCUGAAUUUGCCCUAACAUGGUUCUCAGUCACAGUCAAAUGCUUCUUUUCCAUGAAUAGCUGAUUGUCCACAUGAUUUCAGACUGCAUGGUUUGGCAUUGUUUUUAACCUUGAAUUUAUUUGUUGGGGUUGGCAGUAGUGGGUAUAUGGACAUUCACCUCAUCUUGUUUUAUUUCCUUAUUUUAUUAAGGAAUUUCUCAAACUGGGGGUAGAUGAAGAAACUGAGUGCCAUAGUGCCACACAGUACGCCCAACAGAAAACAAAACAGAAGUUUCUGUUUUAGUUGGUGCACCUCUUAAAACUGAAUCACAACAGGAUGUUGAUAAAUUAUUUUAGGCACUAUGGAAGCUAAUACUGCUCUAUGGUGGUAAAAAGAGCUUAUAUCACACUAACUUCAGGCGAAAAAUGUAUUGGUGCGUAGGUAGGAUAGUUGCUGUAUAGUUGUGUUGAAUAUUGCUUUAGGAAUUCCUUUGGUUUCUGAAGGAGACACAGUCCAUCUUUGUUUGGGUCAGAGUGCCAGUAGAAAUACAGAAUUUGUAGAUGUUAUGAAGGCCAGAAGACAAAUUAAACACACUGAAAAAUGGUCAGAGUUUAUUAUUUUGUAGGAAGUCACAUGUCACAAGUCACACUCUGGACAUGGUAUUCAUGAUCUGGUUAUAGUGAUUAGUUUACAGUGUAUAAUUGAUAGGUGAAUGGAUGAGUUUUGAACUACCGUUAUUUUUUCCUUACAUCCAGUAAGAUAUGUUUUUUUUAAGGACAUGGUUGCAUGGUCUUUGGUCUAUAAUUUUUACUGAUGAAUUUGGAAUCACCAGCCUGGGUGUCACCAGUUUUUUCCUCUGUUGUUACAUAGAAUGCAUUCAUGAUGAAAAUGGGCAUCUUCCAAGCCAAAAAAAAAAAAAAAAGACGAAACAUUGCAA